ACUUUUAUUCUGAAAGCAGCCUGUCAGUGUGCAAACGGAAGUGAGCGUGUGUUUGUUUGAGUCUGUUCUACAUCAUGUCCAGCUGAUCGCGCUCGUGUGUCUGACAGAAGCUGCUCUGCCGCGGGGAAACAUGCCCACUUUGUCCUUGCCACUUUCCAACCUGCUCCGCAAUAAGGAGGGUUUUAGGAGACUCGUGGCGCAUUAUAAGUCUCUGCACACCGACAGCGGGUCAUGGUUGUUCAGCAGCAGCACCCCGUGUUUCACUCGUUCUCGGGAAGCCAGAUUUGGACUCUUGUCCAGAAGGAAGGGUCCUGUGGCUCCGCUGACAGCCGGGAACAUGUGCACCUGCUCCGGCGACGACAAAACCAGCUGGCUCUGGUCUAUUUACAAUGAAACCAAGCAGAAAACGCAAGAUUUAAUUCCUGUGAUAUCAAACAACUUUGUGAACCCAGACACCAUCUUCGCUAACAAUCAGAUGAGUCUACAGGACAUUGAGAUUUAUGGCUUUGACUACGACUACACGCUUGCUUUCUACUCUAGUCACCUUCACACACUCAUAUUCAACAUCGCCCGUGACAUUCUCAUCGAAGAGCACAGGUAUCCAGAGGGACUGAGGGAAUAUGAUUACAUCCCUAAUUUUGUAAUUCGUGGUUUGCACUAUGAUGUUCAAAAGGCCUUACUGAUGAAGAUUGAUGCCUUUCAUUAUAUUCAGCUGGGUACAGUGUACAGGGGUCUUAAUCCUGUACCAGAAAAGGAGGUGAUUGCGAUGUAUGAGGGCUCCCAUGUUCCCCUUGAGAUCAUGAGUGACUUUUAUGGCAAGAGCUCUCAUGGUCACACCAUGAAGCAGUUCAUGGAUAUCUUCUCCUUGCCGGAAAUGACGCUGCUGUCGUGUGUUAAUGACUACUUCAUGAAGCACAACAUCGACUAUGAGCCCGUUCAUCUUUAUAAAGACGUCAAGGAGGUCAUAGGAAACGUACAUGUCAGAGGGAUUAUGUAUCGAGCAGUCGAGGCUGAUAUCGAGAAGUACAUUCGUUACGGUGAACAAACGCAUGCUGUCUUACGGAAGCUGUCGAAAAAUGGAAAGAAGAUGUUUCUGAUCACCAACAGCCCUUUUGAUUUUGUAGACCGAGGCAUGAACUAUAUUGUUGGGAAAGACUGGCGGGACCUGUUCGACGUUGUCAUAGUGCAGGCCGACAAGCCAAGCUUUUUCAAUGACAGGAGGAAGCCAUUCAGACGAGUUACAGAUAAAGGCGUGCUGUUAUGGGACAGAAUUCAUCACCUUGAGAAAGGGCAGAUCUAUAAACAGGGAAACCUGUAUGAGUUUUUGCGGCUUACAGGCUGGAGGGGCUCAAAGGUUUUGUACUUUGGAGAUCACAUAUACAGUGACCUUGCUGAUCUGACCCUGAAACAUGGUUGGAGAACAGGAGCGAUUAUUCCUGAGCUGCGUGAGGAGAUCAAGAUCAUGAAUACGGAGGAGUAUGUCCACACCAUGACCUGGCUGCAGGCGCUGACCGGCCUGCUGGAGCAGAUGCAGGUGCAUCGAGACUCAGCGUCACAAACGGUGCUUCAGCAGUGGAUUGAAGAAAGAGAGGAUAUGAGGUUAAGGACCAAAGACAUCUUCAACGCCCAGUUUGGGAGUCUUUUCCGCACGUACCACAACCCGACCUAUUUCUCCCGCCGUCUUUCCCGCUUCGCAGACAUCUACAUGGCGUCUCUGAGCUGUUUGCUGAACUACGACUUCCAGCACACCUUCUACCCCAGACGAACCCCCCUGCAGCACGAGUCCCCCAUCUGGCCCGAGCAGACCAGCACCACAGGCUCCAAAAUCCCCCUCCACAGCCACAGGACAUCCAGUGUCUGAGCAGGCAGCAUUUAGAAAGUAUGUACCUCAAAACAGCUGCUGUUACAGGUUACAAUACAAAAAUUUUUUGCUCAUAUUUACAACGGUAAUGUAGACUCUUAAUAAACUCUCUGGGUUUCUGUCCCUACAUUCAAAAUCUGUUCACCA